AUGAUCUUCUCAGUUGUCUUUGCUUCAUUCACGUAUUGUCUCGACGCUGGGAUCCGGACAGCCCACCGCCUAUUUAGCUUUGCACAUGGACUUAUUGUCUCGUCCUUGCCAGUACCAUCUACUGCUGAAUCAAGCGCUGCCUCAUCCACCAGCACAUCUAUUCGAGAUACCUCUAGGCAGCAACAUCCAGUCAUCCAGCAAACAAAUAGUCGUGCGAUUCGGCGCCAGGUAAAAUCUCUUAGUAUUUUUUUAUUUCUUGCUUGA